AUGGUGAAUGCUCGUUCAGGGCUGCAAACUCAUCGAAUCUCGACCGAGGUUAUGGUUCUAUCAAUCAGAGCUCUUUUCUGCGCCGUUUUGUACGCCACUGGCGCGGCUCAACUUGUGUUAUCCAGUCUAGAUGCGGGGAAGUCUUUCAACGCGUUUUCGGACCUUAAGCCUGCGGAAUCUGGCAGUUAUAGCAGAGAUAUCAUAGAGCCGAUCAGACUAGAAAAAAACGAUCAAAAGACGAACGCGUAUCAUGAUUACAGAUAUGGGACUAUUCCCCUCGGGCUUGAGGAAAGGAAAGCUGAGAUCCAAUCGAUGGUAAUGGAACGUAGCGAAAUUUGGGAUGGGAUUAGUCAGCUCAAGCCCAAAUCCUUCAAAGAUUUAUCAAAAAUGAAAUGGGAUCUAGAGUACCUCCAUCAGACCCUCAGACAACCAACAGAAGACAGAAUUUAUAACCUGGGUGGGCUGGAGCCCUUUCUCGGACUCGGAGUCGAUACUCAGCCGGCCUCCACCCCAACUCAUUCCACAAGUGAUUCGCUUCAUCCAACAUCACCGAUUUCCACCGACACACACCCAUUCGCAAGCAACUCUUUCGACCGGGCUGAAGUUUCAAAAAGCAAGGAAAUACCCACGCUUCUUGAGUCAGCUCUAGGAGAUGGAGUCAUUCCAAUUGGCGACUUGUACAUUCAUCCCAAUGGAGCGUUUAACUUGGAUCAAAGCCGCUCCAACGAUCGCAAGGUCCAAUAUUUGAAUUCAUUACAGGAAAGGAUCAUCGGUUUCAAAUCUUUAGACGGAACUCCGGAUCACUCGAUAACAGAUUUUCAGCUUGAAUUUUUACAAGCUUUUUUUCUUUUGGGGGACCACAUUAUUCGGUAUGGACUACUGCCAUCCCGGUUCAUCGACAGGAUUGAAAUGUUCAAGGCAAAGAAUGUCCUUAAGAUGGUUAAUCUCCAUGUGCAGCUCCUAUUCCGAAGGUGGGGAGGACAGUUUUUUGACAUUGACAAGACAGUGUUUCCGGACCUAGAAUUUUUGAUGUCCAACCAGGCGCUCUCUCGGGUGAAGAUCAGAAGCAAGUAG